UUCAUGACAAAACAUUGUGGAACUAUUCUUCCAAUUGUGGAAUAGGUUAUGACAUAAACGAGGAUACACGGACUUCACUUCAUUACUAAUUGUGAAGUUUGAUACCUUGGAUUGUCUGAAGGAAGUCUGGUGACUUCUGACUUUUUUUAGAUCGCAGACUAAGCUGUUCGAAUUCUUAGAACACCUCUUAACAUUCAACAUGUCAUGUUACAGACCUUCAACUUAGUGCAGCUGGAAUUUCUGCAGAGAGCAACUUCUGUAACCAAUUUAUAUUUAUGCUCAUCGAGGUUCCUGUCUCGCUAAAAGACUGAUGAAAACAAUAAUUGGAAAGAGGAUUUCAGCGAUGCUAAAACGUUACACAUCUCAGAGCGGGAAACUGCGGUUCAACCUUAUUAUUGUAGUUUUUGGAUUGAUAAUUGUGAGCUACGCCGGCUUAGCUGGAGCAGCUUGUGAUUGUGAGACAGAAUGUUCAUGUAAUCAAAGCAAUUGUACUGCUGGGAAAUAUUGGGUCUGUGAUGGCUGUGUUGACUGUCCUGCUGGACACUUCUGUCUGGCAAACAGUACUGCUCCUGAGCCCUGCCCAGCGGGGACCGAAAAUCCCAAUACCGGUUCUAAAAAUUCAUCAGAUUGUACAGCUUGUGUAUCAGGAAAAAACAGCGCAGCAGGAUCCAUAGCAUGUACACCUUGUCCUGCUGGUUACAACUGUACAUUAGCUGGAAAUAUCACUUUGUGUCCACUUGGAACAUAUUCUAAUUAUGGAGAAGGAAUAUGUCACUCUUGUCCUACUAGUAAAGUGUGCUUGGAUCCUACUCAACAACCUCAGUAUUGCCCUGGAGGCUAUGAACCAGGUCCUUUACAAACAAACUGCUCAGUUUGUGAGCCAGGAACAUUCUCUUAUAAUGGCACAUCUUGUCAGUCCUGUGCUAAAGGAAGCUAUAGUCUUGGAGCAGCAGCAGAAUGUACUGUUUGUCCACCUGGAAAUCAGUAA